AGAUCACGUCCGGGAAUUUACCUGCGGGAUGAAUUAUUAUCGCACUUUUCAUUUGGACAACAAAGGAGAGUCCCUAUACGUGGGAUCAAUGGACCGCGUCUACCGACUAAACUUGAGCAAUAUCAACCAAUCCAGCUGCGAGCGAGAUGCCCUCAUUCUGGAGCCCACCAAUGUUGCGAGUUGCGUUUCGAAAGGGAAAUCAGAGCACUUCGAUUGCCGCAAUCACAUUCGAGUCAUCCAGUCGAUGGGAGACGGGAACAGGCUGUACGUGUGCGGCACCAACGCCCACAAUCCCAAAGAUUGGGUCAUUAACGCGAAUUUGACGCAUCUUCCGCGCAAUACGUUCGUGCCCGGCAUAGGUAUGGGCAUAGCGAAAUGCCCGUACGAUCCGGCGGACAAUUCGACGGCCGUUUGGGUGGAAAAGGGCAAUCCGGGCGACUUGGCCGGUCUCUAUUCCGGCACCAACGCGGAAUUCACCAAAGCGGACACCGUCAUAUUCAGGACGGACCUGCACAACUUGACCACCGGCAGGAAGGAGUACAGCUUCAAGAGGACGUUGAAGUACGAUUCGAAAUGGUUGGACAAGCCGAACUUCGUGGGGUCCUUCGACAUCGGCGACUACGUGCUGUUCUUCUUCAGAGAAACCGCCGUCGAGUACAUAAACUGCGGCAAGAGCGUCUACUCGCGAGUGGCGCGCGUCUGCAAAAAGGACACCGGCGGCAAGAACAUCCUCUCCCAGAACUGGGCCACCUACCUCAAAGCCCGGCUCAACUGCUCCAUACCCGGCGAGUUCCCCUUCUACUUCAACGAAAUCCAGAGCAUCUACAAGGUACCGGGCGACGACAACCGCUUCUUCGGCACCUUCACCACGUCGACCAACGGCCUGAUGGGCUCGGCCAUUUGCUCGUUCACGCUGCCCGACAUCCAGGCCGCCUUCAGCGGCAAAUUCAAGGAGCAGGCGUCGUCGUCGUCGGCCUGGCUGCCGGUCCUCUCGAGCCGCGUGCCCGAGCCGCGGCCGGGCACCUGCGUCAACGACACCGAAACGCUGCCGGACACCGUGCUGAACUUCAUCAGGAGCCACCCGCUCAUGGAUUCGGCCGUCAUGCACGAGAACGAGAAGCCGGUCUUCUUCAAGCGCGAUAUAUUCUUCACGCGAUUGGUCGUCGAUAAGAUCAAAGUCGAUAUCGGCGGCGAUGUGUUGGAUUAUACCGUUUACUAUGCAGGAACUAAUGAUGGUAGGGUGCAUAAGAUAGUGGAGUGGGCUCGCGAAGAAGGUUCUUCUUCGAUUUUGCUCGACGUGUUCGAUGUUACACCCAACGAGCCGAUACAAGUGAUGGAGUUAUCGAAGGUCCACAAAGCGUUGUAUGUAGCUUCGGAUCACCGGGUGAAGCAAGUGGAUUUGGUGAUGUGCAACAGGAGAUACGAUAACUGCUUGAGGUGCGUCCACGACCCCUACUGCGGCUGGGACAAGGAUCUGAACGUUUGCAAACCCUACUCACCAGGUCUCCUGCAGGACGUGGCGAACCGUACGCACGACGUGUGCGACAGCAGCGUGGUGAAGAAGAAAAUGGUGGUGACGUGGGGCCAAUCGCUGCACCUCGGCUGCUUCCUGAAGAUGCCGGCCGUGCUGUCGACGCAGACGAUCACCUGGUUCCACUAUUCGAAGGAGAAGGGCCGCUACAAGAUCCAGUACCGGCCGGACAAGUACGUGGAAACGUCCGAGCACGGGCUGGUGAUCAUCGCCGUGACGGAGGCCGACGCCGGCCGGUACGAUUGCUGGAUGGGCGCCUCGCUGUUGUGCUCGUUCAACGUGACCGUCGACGCGCACCGCUGCUCGCCGCCGGCCAAGAGCAACGACUACCAGAAGAUCUACUCGGAUUGGUGCCACGAAUUCGAGAAGUACAAGUCGGCGAUGAAGACGUGGGAGAAGAAGCAGGCGCAAUGUUCGACGCGCCAGAACGCGAGCAACCAGAACAGCCAUCCGAAUGAAAUCUACAGGCCGUUGGUGUGA